AUGAAACUCUAUGGAUGCUACUCCCAUGCCCGCCAUUCAUUUUUUAUUUAUGAAUACCUUGAAAAGGGAAGCCUUGGAUCGAUCUUCAAAUGCGAUGUCUUAGCAAAAGAAUUGGAUUGGUUGAAAAGGGUCAAUAUUGUAAAGACUAUAGCUAAUGGUUUGGCUUAUAUGCAUCAUGACUGCUCACCUCCUAUAAUUCAUAGAGGCAUUUGCAUUGCCAACAUCCUUCUUGAUUCUGAUUAUGAGGCACAUAUUUCUGAUUUUGGCACGUCCAAGCUUUUAAAGCUAGACUCAUCCAACUGGACCACAAUUGCAGGCACCUAUGAGCUUGCUUAUACGAUGGUGGCAACCGAGAGAUGUGAUGUGUAUAGCUUUGGGAUUGUGGCACUAGAAGUGAUCAUGGGAAAGCAUCCCGGUGAACUACCAACAUUGUCUGCUGAUUUUCUGGUGUUAGCCUGGGACAUUUACACAAGAUAA